CCUCUUUUCAAUUCCCUCUUAUCUCCAUCCCAUCUACUUCAUCCGCCAUCCAAUCCAAAUAGAUCAUCACCAUGGACUACUCCAAACUCGUCGAUGCAGAAUUCACCCAGUUGCUGCCUAAAAUCGAGCUACACGCUCACCUGACCGGGAGCAUCAGCCGCCAAUGUCUCCAUGACAUCUGGGUGCAGAAGAAGGCCCAGGAUCCGGAUUUAUCAGUCGACGAUCCAUGGGUCAUCAUGCCCCCUGGCAAGGUGGACUAUUCUCUCUCAACGUUCUUCAACGUCUUCUCCCAAUCCAUCUACCACCUCUGCAACGACCUCCCCAGCAUCGCCUACGCCACCACCUCCGUCCUCACUGACUUCCUGAACGACGGCGUCCGCUACCUCGAGCUCCGCACCAUCCCCCGCCCCUCGCCCACCGCCGCCUUCACGCGCCACGAAUACCUCGACACCGUGCUCACCACCAUCGAGCAGUUCCGGCUCUCCAACCCCGACCUCACCAUCGCCCUCAUCCUCGCCCUCGACCGCGCCACCACCUCCGCGCCCGACGCCCUCGCCAUCGUCGACCUGGCCCUCGCCCACCGCGCCCGCGGCAUCGUGGGGCUCGACCUCUGCGGAAACCCUACCAAAGGGGACGUGGCGAUCUACGGGCCCGCGUUCGCCAAAGCCAAGGAGCACGAGCUCGGCGUGACGCUGCAUUUCGGGGAGGUGGCGCGCCCGGCGACGCCAGGGGAGCUGGAGACGCUGUUGGGGUUCGAGCCCGAUCGCCUGGGCCAUGUCAUUCAUGUGCCUGGGCCGGUGAAGGAGGAGAUUGUGAGACGGCGUCUGGGGCUGGAGCUGUGUCUGUCGUGUAAUGUGCACGCGCAGAUGUUUGAUGGCGGGUUCACGGAUCAUCAUUUUGGGGAGUGGUGGAGGGGGGCUGAGUGUCCGGUUGUUCUGUGUACCGACGACGUGGGAUUCUUUUGCAGUCCCGUUUCCAACGAAUAUCGACUGGCCGCGGAGCACUUCGGACUCAGUCGCACCGACGUGCUGCGCAUGUGCCGAGACUCAGUCGAGGUGAUCUUCGGCGGGGAGGAGGAAAAGGCACGGCUCCGGGGGCUACUGGAUGAGUUUGAAGCUGAGUAUACGAAAUGAGUUGACGUGAGACGAUACGACCGAAAUAGAUGACUACAGAGCGAAGCAUGAAAAGUGAGGAUUGGUCAUAA